CCACACCCUUUGACCAAUGACGCUCCCAAUAAACACCCUUUCUCUUCUGUAGAAACGGAAGUAAACAAUGACAAGGAACAAUUUUUACGUUAGCGUUUUAUAUUUAGACGUUUAUUAUUAACACCAUGGAAUUCAAAAUAUGACUAAUUUAACUGCACAGCAUCACAUACAUACUCCAUGUAGUCUUUAAUUCGCGUUGGAGACAGGACUUGGUUGAUUGAUGUUAUCUAGGUAACGCUAGCUAGCGAACAAUGGCUAACGUUAACUGUAUGGUUUUUAACGCUCAAAUAGCCUCCAUCAUGGAGGUGCUAGCAAAUGCAGCCGUGGCAGAGAUCUGUAAACUCGUUGACGACGACUAUGCAGUAUUUCGGUUGGAAAUAACUCAAAGCCAGAAAGAAAACAGGGCAUUGCGAAGGAAAUUACAGCUACUGGAACUGAAGGUGGCACGGGAGCGCAUCUGCGCCAGUCGUCCCAGUAGUGUCAAGAUCCCUGACCGAUACAGAGGAAUGGCAAGAGGUGAAGGACAUCUCACUGGAGGCCACAGGAGCUUUGUGAAGCUAGCGGGCCACAAUACAUGGAGAGAUGACCAACCAAUCACUGUUGAUGAGGGGAGUGGAACCUCAACCCAGCACGUUAUUGUGAUAGAGUCUGCAGAUGCAGAGGCUGCAGGUCCUGGGGUCAAGCAGGAGAGGACUGAAGGAGAGGACCCACGACACAGCACAGACAUCCAGACUGGAGCAGCGGCUGGAGUGGCGCCCCCUGUAGCCACGGAAGAACUCUCAACUGCUUCCACGCUCCAGUCCAGGACCCGAUGCAGCAUUAGGGAGGCCAGUAGAACGCCCAACGCCAUCCUCAAGUCCGAGACAGUCACAGAAACACAAAGGCUCUUACAGACAGGAUCUGACCACAGAUCAGACCCAGAGAGACUGGAGCUGGGGCCACUGGGCUGUCCUGCUCUCGACUCAGAAUAUUUACUAGACGGUAACCCAAGCCCGAGGACGGUUCAUUCCCAUCGGGACUCUGGUGAUGUGUUAGAAACUGGUAAUGAUCCGUCAUGUUCUUACACUACAGAGAUGGACCCUGACAACAUGCCCUUGGGUUUAGAGACACAGACUGAUCUAUCUAGAGGGGACUGGAACCGGUACAGUAGUAGUGUAUACUCUGGAGGGUGCCAAGAUAAGCAAGGGGAGGUUAUAGUCGUAGAUAAAGUGAAAGUGGAGGGCGACGCUCCUCCCACAUGGAAUGUAGACGAGACUCACUUAGGAGAAGGACACUCACAAGGCAGAGAUUUUUUAGAUUACAGGGAAAGCUUAGAGACAAAUACAAAUAUCACGACCCACUCCCCUUUGCACGCACUCAGGGAUCGUGAGCCAGUGUCCACGUCGAUGGGUCCAUCCGAUUCACACGGCCGCAUCCUUUUCCAUCAGGUAUUUAACUCAAACGACCAGGCUAGAGCCCAGCCUCAGGGAGGGGGAGCCACAUCAGGCAGUAGUAAAGAUAAACGGUUCCUCUGCAUGUUCUGUAGCAAAGGCUUCAGCUGCCCCCAGAAGGUGGAGAUCCACCAGAGGGUCCACACAGGGGUAAAACCCUUCAGCUGUACCCAGUGUCACAUGCGCUUUGCCCAGGCUUGCAACCUGAAGAGGCACCAGAGGGUCCACACAGGGGUGAAACCCUUCAGCUGUACCCAGUGUCACAUGCGCUUCUCCCACUCAUCAAGCCUGAAGAGGCACCAGACGGUCCACACAGGGGAGAAAUCCUACAGUUGCCCCCAGUGUGAGAAGAGGUUUUCCCACCAGCACCAGCUGAAGAUGCACCUGAAGGUCCACAUGGGAGAAAAGCAGUUUGUCUGUGCGCAAGAGGAUCUCAGAGAGGAGCUUCCUCAGGAUACACCAGCAGAAAAACCAUUCCACUCUAUAACAUAGACCAGACAUUAGUAACAUAAGGCACGCCAAGCAAUUUGAUAAAAUGGAGUAAAUCAGUGAACUUGCAUUUGUUUUGAAAUUGCAUUGGUUUUCCAUAAAUGGCUAUUUAUUCAUUGUGUUUUGUUUGGAGAGCUCCUGUCAAUGUUGAGUAUGGACUCUCACCUGAUUACACAUAGAAGUAGGCCUAGGCUACCUGGCCUGCACACAAAUGUAUAAAUGUGCCUAUUUGGGGAUGUCUGAUAGUAUUUCUGAUUGUCUUAACUCACCACCACUAAUGAUCUGGGGUGCUUCUCAUUGUAAUUUUUUUCUUCUCCUCAAACAGCAAGUAACCUAAACAAUGUCUGUUUUUACAUCCAUUGAGAAUGACAGUAGUUCCUCAAUAACCAGGUUUCCAUCCAACUCUUUUUCUAUAAGUAAAAUACAUGUCGGAACAAAAUAUUCACUACAGGCCUGAUGGAAACAGCAAGUUUUUUCGGUCAACUUUCCAGAUGUCGACAAAUCAAAAUACACUAAACAAGGUUGGAUCUUUGUGUCGGUAAAAUUAAUAAUGCGAGAAAUGGCGGUGGAAAUGCUUUUAUCCGCAAAUAUUGAUAUAAUAUUCAUCAUAUCGAAGUAAACUUGGAGGCACGCAAUGAUAUGUUGUGUGGUCCUCCCACUACGACUCGGGAAAGCAUGCAGUUUAUUAGACUAGAGAUUCAAUAAGUUAUGAUGAACAGGGUGGGGAAAGUUCACGGUGAUGAGCUUGAUGCUCCUUUUCAAUAAAUAUUGAGGGUCUUAUUCUGGUGACAUAAUGAUUGAUGUUUGGCUGCCGUUUAACUAAUAAAAAUAAUCUUGCUCUUUUGUCC